CACUUGUUGCAUAUUUUUUCAAAUUAAUAAAUCCAAAUGAAUUAUGGAUCCAUUUCAUUUGGAUAAAAUUCCUGAAUUUCAUCGAAAACGUAAUGGAAAUGAAAAUGUUAUGUGUGCAAAACUUCGAGAACAAGCAAAAUUUUUAUUCCUAAAUCGAUUGAGUAAAGAACAGAUUCAGAAUGAUGAAUUACAGCAAUUAUGGAUAUUAUUGGAGAAAAAUGUCCAUACAUUAUCCAAUGAUAUGAAUGAUGAACAAACAAUAAAUUAUUUAGAAUUCAAUCAAAUACGUCAACAAUUAGAUCCGGAUUCAAAAUUACGAAAAUAUUUUCAAGCAACAAUUUUUUUCAAAUUACUUGGUGGUGAACAUAAUCAACAAUCAUCAUCAAAUCAACAACAAUUAGCUAUUGGAAAAAUAUCGAUAUUAACAUUUUUUCGUUAUGUAAUGCGUAAAAUUUGGCUACAACAAGCACGUAUAUCAUUAUCGUUUUGCGAUUCAUCAGCCACUGGUUAUCUUACCGAAUUAGAUCUGGAAAACUAUAUUCGUCAACUAAUUCCAACAUUGACUAAGCUUAACAAUAUGGAUAAAUCAUAUUAUCCAUUUUAUAUUUGUGUUGCAACAAGAAAAUUUUUCUUUAUUCUUGAUCCACAUAAACAUAAUCGAAUACGAAUAAUAGAUAUAUUAUUUUCCGGUUUACUCGAUGAUCUGCUUGAACUUCGAAAUGAUUAUCCAAAAGAUUCAUCUAAUCAACAGCGAACAAAAAUGGCAACAGGAAAUCGAAAUCAAACUAUCGAUGAUUUUAAAUGGUUUUCAGCUGCUAACACUAUACGAUUGUAUAACAUGUAUCUGGACCUUGAUGAUGAUCAUAAUGGUAUGAUAUCGAAAUUGGAAUUUUUAAAAUUUGGUAAUUUUAAUGAAUUAUUUGUCGAACAAUUGUUCGAUGUUUGUAUGACUUAUAACAAAGAAAUUGAUUUUAAAACAUUUAUUGAUAUCAUUUUGGCAUUGGAAAAUCGUAAAGAAAUUCAAUCGGUUUAUUUUUUCUUCAACAUAUUAGACAUUAAUCGUUGCCAUUAUUUGGAUGAUUUUGUUUUACGAUAUUUUUUCAAAGCAAUCGAAAAUCAGAUGCGUCGUCAAGGACAGGAACCGAUUAAUUUUGAUGAUUUUAGUAAUGAAAUCUAUGAUAUGAUUAGACCACAACAAUCAAGACGAAUAUAUUUUGAUGAUCUUGUUGCCAGUGGUCAUGCCGAUACAAUCAUCAGUAUAUUGAUCGAUUUUAAUGGAUUCUAUGCAUAUGAAAAUCGAUCGAUCUUGGUAAGCGAAGAUGGCCAUAAAAUACAUUUAUUUCCCACCGAAGGAACAUCAAAUACACCAUGGUUAUAUGCACAUUUUGAUCCAAUGAAUAUAAGUCAAUCAUCAAUUUUAUUUAAAUGGAUUGUUUCCAAACAACAAAUUGAUUCGGAAUAUCAUUAUGUUGGUGAUGAUGAAAAUUGUACAUAUGUACGUACAAAUUAUAAGGCAAAAAAUUUUCGUCUGGUAUGCGUAGAUUUAAACAAUCCAUCACGGGAUAAUUGGCGUGAUAUAAUAGCUGAAUCAACAAAGGCAAUCCUCUCGAAUGCUUACAUAGCUGAUUAUGAUAAAAUUGUUGCUACCUAUAUGAUUGAUGUACAGGACAAAUUAAAAGUACAUCGAUUAUUAGAUGGAGAAUAUCUUUACGAUAUUCCUAUUGAAAUUGGUUCGAUUGUAGCUGCCGUUAGUAAAAUGAAAAGUCCAGAAUUUUUUUUCCUUCAUUCAAAAUUCUUAUCACCCGGUGUCAUUUACUAUCAUGAUCUAUCAACUAAUAAAACAGUGGUGUAUAAAAAAUCAAUAAUUGAUGGUUUUAAUGAAUCUGAUUAUAAUAAUACACAAAUUUUCUACAAAAGUAAAGACGGAACUCAAGUUCCGAUGUUUAUUGUUUCGCGAAAAAAUAUUACUCUUGAUGGCCAAAAUCCAACAUGGCUUUAUGCUUAUGGUGGUUUUAAUAUUAAUGUUCAACCUUCAUAUAAUCCAAUGGCCAUGUUUUUUGUUAAAUAUUUGAAUGGUAUUUAUGCAUCGGCCAAUAUACGUGGUGGUGGUGAAUAUGGUGAUGAUUGGCAUAAACAAGGAAUGCUUUUGAAUAAACAAAAUGUUUUCGAUGAUUUUGCUGCUGCCGGUGAUUGGUUAAUUGAAAAUAAUUUCACAUCAAGAGAAUAUUUGACCAUAAAUGGACGAUCAAAUGGUGGUUUAUUAGCCGCUACUUCAGCCAAUCAACGUCCAGAUAUUUUUGGUUCGACAAUUGCCGAAGUUGGUGUAUUGGAUAUGCUUAAAUUUCCAUUAUUUACAAUUGGUUAUGCAUGGAAAGAAGAAUAUGGUGAUGUAAUACAUAAUAGAACACAUUUUAAAUAUGUACAAAAAUAUUCUCCAUUACAUAAUGUACCUCAUAAUCUUAAACAAUAUCCAAAUAUGUUGGUCGUUACAGCCGAUCACGAUGAUCGUGUUGUACCGGCACAUUCAUAUAAAUUUAUUGCUGAAUUACAAUAUCGUUUAGGUAAAAAAUUACCCAAUACACCAUUAAUGAUUCGAAUCGAUUCUAAUUCUGGACAUGGUGCAGGAAAACCUGUAUCCAAAUGGAUUGAAGAAUAUACGGAUAAAAUCUGUUUCCUUUUAAAUUCAACACCAUAUAAAUAUGAUAAUCAAAAAGAUUAACGAAUAUCUAAGUUUUAAUUUGACAAAUUUUGUUUUGUUUUGUUUGUUUUGGUUUUUCUCCUCAAUUGUUUAUUUUGAUUUUAAUUACUGUUUUU